AUUUAACGCAAUAAAACAUACGUUACAAAUAUAUUCAUUCAUUUUUUAUAUCAAAAUAAUGUUUCUAAAGUAACACGAGACAAACAUUAUAAACAUAAAUAAUAAAGCUAUUUAAAUUUUUCAAAAUAAGAAUAAGAAAAUAUAUGUUGUCUUUUUAAAUACGCGCCUUCAUUUUCAAUCAGAAGUAAAUAGAAAGCGAUAUCGCGUGCAGGAAGGCGCGGCUUGAAAUAAGGCAAUGUUCCAAUAAAUCAUUGUUCAAGUUUAUCAGAGGGAGCAUGUCAGUACAUCCAACUGAAAUUUUCGUGCAAACAAAAGAAAACGCUCUCCGUGAAUUCUCGUUUGUCGACGAGGAAACAGCACCGUUAAAUGCUUCAAAACCAGUUUCAUUACAACCUCUGAAACCAACAUCAGCUAUUGUGAUUACAGGCUAUGUUCCUCCGGACGCCUUAAGGUUUUCAGUGAAUUUAUUAUGCAAAACUGCUGGAAAUAUUGCAUUGCAUUUUAACGCUCGAUUAGACAGAGGUUAUGUAGUUCGAAAUUCAAAAUUUAAAGGAUGUUGGGAAGAAGAGGAGACUUGUUCUCCUGCAGGACAUACUGCUUUUCGACGGAACUCCUACGCCCAUAUCUUAAUCUUUUGUACUGUAAAUGAAUAUCAAAUUGCUGUCAAUGGAGAACAUUUUUGUGCAUUCUCAUAUAGAAUGCCUCUUGAAGAUAUAACAGGUCUAGAAAUCAAUGGAUCAUUAGAAGACACCAGAUUUAGACAAUUCGAAUUGUUUGUUUAUCCUGAUCCAAAAUUAUGCAGGCCAAGUAAUAUCUUAAGUUUAAAAUUUGAUCAACCACUCGUCGAUUUUCUCGGUGUUCCAAUUACAGUAAAUAUUGAAAAUGAAUUUAAAAUAGGGACCAGACUUUUUAUUGCUGGAAGACUAAAACUUCUUCCUCAUUCAUUUUAUAUAAAUCUACAAAAGGGAAAAGCAAUCUAUCCCCACCCAGUAAUUGCACUACAUUUAAAUCCUCGUUUUUUAUACGGCAGUAGCACACCUUAUGUUAUAAUGAAUUGUUGGUCAAAUGGAUCUUGGGGACAAGAAGAGAGACACUUAGGUCAUUUAUCCUGGAUGCCUGGUCGUGAUUUUCUUCUAACAAUUCGAUGCGAAGUCGAAGCAUAUACAAUUUGGUUAGGUGACAGAAUGAUUGGUGAAUUCAGAUACAGAUUACAACCGUCUAUCAUCGAUACUCUUAAAAUAUCUGGAGACAUCGUACUUCACGAAUUAGCCAUCACUCAUUUGAAUUAG